UCAAUGAUGUUUUCUUUUCAUGACCUACAUUAGCGGCGUGGCAGCCACAGUCGUAGCUAAGCAGGCUGUCAAUCAGGAAUUAAAAACGUUUUUUGUUGCGUUAUUUCACUUUUAAACUCACUUUAACGUAUUUUCCAAUAAUGUAACUACUUCUCAGCACAGGCGACGUAGACUUGGAUUGGCAGCAGUUCAAUGGAGACGCUGUCAAAAACACUCGGUGCUGAUACUACGCAGAAGGAGCUCUGUCCACCGCCAGCAGCACCCAGUGGAGUCGUAUCUGACAGCCUUUCACUCCCAUCUUACAAGGACUACCCUUCUCACCGUCCCUUCAUCAACACACUUUUGCAUCACGCACCACAAUCACGCUCACAUCAGUCUUGUCGGCUAUCAUCUUCCAUAAAGGCAUUCCCAGAGACCAGCAGUGCAGAGAUCUUAUCUGCCUUGAGGAACCUUCAGGAAAGAUCAGGAGUUGGAGUUGGAGAAAGGUACAUGUGAAGCGCAGUCUGCACCACUGUGGGGAAAGAUGCAUCAUACACACAUCUGCCGACUGAUAAAGUCACGCAGAACCUCUCAAAGGAUCCCAGAGACCCAGAAAGAGAAAUAGUGGACAGUCCAACUGCCAAUUGUUUGAUCACUCACAUGGCUGCUUCUGAGUCUCGCUGUGUGAAGCUGGAGCGACAGCUGGCUCACAUGAGGAGUAUGUUGCGCAGUGCCAAGGCCGACCGGACCAGCCUAUACUCAAACAGUUUCCACAUGGAGACGACCAGGUCAGCUGAUCAACAGUGUUGACACAGUGUUUGAGCACGUGCAGUUGGAAAGAAGCUGGAGCGAUUGGAGCAGGAGUAUCUUCGGCUGACAUGCACACAAAACAACGCUGAGAUGAAGAUUCGGGAGCUGGAGAUGAAAUUGCAGGAGGAGGAGCACCAGAGAAAGUUGGUCAAUCAUAAGGCCAAUCAGCUGCAGACAGGUUUGGAGGACAAUAGGAUACUGCUGCAGUCAGUGUCUCCUCUCCUGUCCAGCAGACAGUGCAAAGAAGAAGAAAAAUCUUCCCCACAGCAGUCGUCCUACACACAGCCACACUAUAGACUGAGCCUCAGCGAUGUACCUUUUGUUGCUGGAACGUCAGUAGGCUGCAGCCACUCAGUCCGAGCAAACGUCCAGUCAGUUUUGUCCCUCCUGAAGCGACACCAGCCACACCUCUGCAACAGUCGUGUCCUCUCUAACAACGCAAAGAGCUAUGAGAUGGGAUGUCGCAGGCAUUCAGACGGCGGCUCAUCCUCCUCCUCCGCCGCUAGUGUGGAGGAGCUGUCAGAGCUGCUGCAAACACUACAGGAGGAGCAAAGACUCAUGAGCUUGGAGCAGGGCGAGCUGAUGAGGCAGGUGGAGGCCAGUGUCUCAGACCAGGAGAGAAGAGAACUUCAGAGGGAGCAGGAGAGGCUGCUGCUGAAAAUGGAAAGGAAAGGAGAACAGAUUAAUACGCUCUACAAACACAAAAUGCAUUUAAAGAAGUUAAGAAAGGAAGCUAAUUCCAGGCGGAGCAGUGGUAGUGAGCCGAGGGUGACUUCUACAAUGUCCACUAGAGGUCGCUCUGCUGCACCAGUCAAAGUUAGACCCGGAGAGAGAAGCAAGGGGAACCUGAGACUGCUGAGGGACAUGAGGGCUCUGCAGACCUCACUACGAACCUGAAGUCUACCUGGACAUGAACACACCAGGUUCAUCUGGUUGAUGCUGCCUACCUGAGGCCGCUAUUUCAUGAUCAACACAGCCACUGUCUGUUCAUGAGCGUAUGACCUAUGCUCCAUUGGGGGAAAUACAACACUUCUAAACAGUAUGCUUAAACAGACCUACGUUUUCUCUACCUAGUUAGACUGAUGAGUCAUCUUGUCAAAUGCCCUUCCAGAAUAAUUUGAAGAAAAUGAUAAUUGACUUGUUCUUUAUUAAGAUUGGUUCAAACCUCGGCCUAGACUUUACUUGAUGUUUAAGUCCUUUACCAGAAGGAGGCAUGAGGGUUCAGAGUGACAACCUGGCUAUGUAAUUGAAGAACUUGAAAACUUUAAAGGAAAUUAUACUUUACUUUAUUUUGAAAGGAAGUAACAUUUUCGUUUGAGUUUUUCAUGUUUUCUGAGCAUGGAAACCAUUUCUACAAUAAUGGACAACCUGGACUUCUAUGAGUCUCAUAAAAUAAAAGAAAAAAGGGUUUUCGUAAAUGUGGAAGCUAAAAUCUUCUGGUUCUGAAACAUUCCUGGGUUGCCUGAUAGUUACAUAUUCUCACGCUUAAAUAUUUAUGAAUGGGAUGCAGCAGCAGCCAUGGUUUGAAGAAAACUGCAGUGAUGACAUUUAUUAGUAUAUAUUUCUGCACUUUGAUUUCCCUAAUUUGGUGCUGUAUUUGGUUAAAACAAACUGAGCCCUGUUGAUGUGUCAUUGCAGACUCAAUAUGUGGCACUCGUGUGUUGUGUGUUAUGACCAGAUCCUUUGUAUUAUUUCUUCAAAUAUAUGUACGAUUUUUAUUUUUUUGACCAUCAUGGGUAAACAAUUUUUGAGUGAAAAAAUAUUUCUCUAAGGAAUAAAGUAUUUGUGUUUGCA